AUGAUGAUCAAUACAAUUAAAAGACAAAACUUAUCAAUUGUUAAAGCUCCAACAUUUAGAAGAGCCUUAUCUCAAUCUUCAAUAUUUUAUCAACAACAACAAAAUCAACAAAGAUCAAAAGAUUUUGGAUUUAAUUAUUUUAAAAAUGAUUUUAAUAAUCAAAUUAAUACACCUGAAAUGUUUCAAAAUAAACAUCAAUUAGAUCUACAACAUAUUAAAAAUGAAAAUAAUAAUCCAGAUAAUGCUUAUCAAUUUAAUGAAUUAAGAUAUGUUGAUUUAGUUCAUCCUCAUAUUGCAGAAUUUGCAGAUUUAUUUUAA